AUGAAGUUCUCUCUCUUCAGCUUCUUGAAACCACGAAGGUCUUCUCAUAGAGUUGAUGCAGACGCAUGGGACGAUGGUGUAUACACAAGAAAGGCAUGGGCCAGUGACGAGGACAAGCGAUAUUGGGUGGCUGAGCCAGGUAUUGACCGUAAGGCUUCUGCCUUUAUCGCCAAGUUCCAUGCCUCUCGUGUCUCUGAGUCUGAGUGCCAAACUCUCCCUCCUUGCCACUCUCAUCAUAACUAG